AUGUUCGCCGCCUCGAGCCUCUGGCCGUGCAUCCCGAUCGUCGUGCCCAUGGAGCUCGUGGGCACCGCGAACGGCAUGGCCACGUCCGUACAGAUGAUCGGCAUCGCCCUCGCAAACAUGUUGGUCGGCGUCCUGCAGGACGCGAGCCCCGAGGUGUACCCGGGCACGCAGGUGAAGCGCUACGACUAUUGCAUGUUGUUUUUCAUCGCGUGCGGAGCCCUGGCCAGCCUGCUCAGCCUGGCCCUAAACGUGCUAGACGCGAGGUCGGGCGGCGAGCUCAACGGCGGGAAGCCGGCGCGGGCGGCGGCCCCGUCGGUGAGCGUGUCAUUGGAGCCCACUUCGGAUCAGAGGCCUUCGCCUCCUCCUCUGCUGUCUUGA